ACGACACGCCGCCAGUUGCUGAGCUCCCGGCUCAGUCUUCAUACCAAGACCGUCGCAGGAGGUGGUUAGGCUAGUCACUCUAGGCCUAGCCGUCAGUGAAAUAUUGUCCUUGGAAGUUACGUGCUUGUCAAACUCCUGUCAUUCUUGAAGUAGUCCUGAACUCGUGCAAAGAGUUUUAGACUUGCAACAACGCUAAAUAUACUUGUGAUCUCAUCAAGUGUUGUGAUUUUGUGAGAAUUAGAAAGUGCCUAAGUUAGCUUCACUGGAGCAUUGAAAAGCUGCUUGCAACGAAUCGGAGAGAGUCCCGUACUCCGUCGUGUGCAUAAAAUCUCCAGGCUAUUGAUCUCGAGCUCACAAAUUUCUGUUGUUCAGUUCUUGUUUUUCUGUUUCAUUAAAACCACCGUACCAGAUGCGCAUCCAAACUGUAGACUUUUAUGAUUUGAAACAGUGUACAAAACUUAUUCUUUUGUGAACGAAAACCUUGUGCAUACUGAACCUAAUAUUACGUUCUUUAGCAACUUUGAAAUUCAGCGGGCACUUUAAUGAAUUUUGAAACUAAAAGUCACUCUAACCUCUGAAGAUCAAAGUUGAUAAGUUUUUUGCUGUUUACCCGGUUAUUGCGUGUUGGCCAAGGACUAUUCAGAUGCGCCAGAUCAGCAAGCGCACCGUUCGUCGAUUGUCUCCUCCCUCCGUUCCCAAACUCCCUGAAAUGCCUGCCAUCUGCGUCGAACGUGCGUUGGAAACCCGAACCGUGCAGUGCGUGAACACCGGACAUCUGCUCAAGAGGAUGAAGGGACUAAAGAAGUUGAAGAGGAAAAUGGGAUUAGCUCCGAGAUGGUCGGAUUCCGCAACUUUCCCUCGCCCACCCCUGCUUUUCCACAGCGUCAUGGGCGAAAACGUUAGAGUGACGAACGAAGGAACCGUUGUACGAAGAACACAGAGCUUCUGCAAAGGCAUCGCCUUCUCCAAUCGAAGUGUCUCCAUCAACGAGAAAAUAUGCAUUCGACUGCUCGAGAUUUCCUCGAACUGGUCUGGAGUUCUGCGUUUUGGUCUCACUUCAGUAAACCCCGAUUGCAUGAGAGGUGCAUUGCCAAAAUACGUAUGUCCAGAUCUCACAAGCAGAAAUGGUUGCUGGGCAAAGGCGCUUAGCGAGCGAUACGCGCAUCAAGGCAGUGUUCUUUACUUCUACGUCAAUUCUGCCGGAGAUGUUAUAUAUGGUAUGGACGAUACAGAGAUCGGUGUCUUUCUGAACGGUGUAGACGUUAAAGGUCCACUUUGGGUGGUUGUUGACGUUUAUGGAAACAGUACUUCUCUUCAGUUCGUAGACCCUUCCUUCUCCAUGAACAACAGGGAUGAUUACAGAAGAAGCGCCACCGUCGUACGCACUUCGAAUGGCGCCAUCAGCAAUAGGAAUUCUCCUGCACAACCAACUCAGCCUUACCCUUCCAGCGACGUAGCUGAAGACACCGUUACUAUUCCUGGUUUUGGAAAUCUCCGCAUUACUGACCCAAUGGUGAUUCAAGCCAUUGAAUAUGAAUCGACUGGCAAUUCGCUGCCUUUGAUGGUACAUCAGAAUGUUUCAUUCCAACCACUCUCGUUUCACCACACAAAAGGCGCGAAUAUUUCUUUUUCUGACCGCAAUAGGAUGGUAGCAAAGCGAAGCUACAACGAGUAUUGCAAAGGAUACGUCUUCACUGGACGGCCUCUUAAUAUGAAUGAGAAAAUUGUUUUACAAGUCUUGGCUAAUGAGCAUCAUUAUGUCGGUGCAAUGGCAUUCGGCGUGACCUCUGCAGACCCGGCCGACCUAUCGUCAGCCGAUUUGCCAGAAGAUUGCGAUGAGCUCCUGGAUCGGUCCGAGUACUGGGUUGUAUGUAAGGACGUCGCGGCUUCUCCGAAGGUGGGAGAUGAAUUGUCCUUCACAUACAGCGCUAACGGGCAAAUAACAUUUGCGAAGAACAACGGAUCUCCACAUGUCAUCAUGCACGUCGACAGUUCGCUGAAGCUUCAUGCCUUCUUCGACGUCUUCGGUCACACGGCUAAAAUACGGAUGGUGGGAGCCGUCAAGGUGCCUGAUCCUAGCCGCGCUUUGGAACAGCAGCACCGGGACCUGCAAAUGCGUCUCCAAUCUGCUGUUGAUGAGAUGGACUCAUCAUCUGCUUCUCCAAACUCCAUGGACUGCGGCCACCGUGCACAGUCUCGUACUGAGCCGAGCACCGCACCCAUUGCUCAACAGACGCACUCAACAAAUACCACGUCCUCCAACACCCAGUCGGUCAGUCGUCUGAGCAACGUCGUUCCCCCUGCAGGGCCUGCCGAAGAUAACCGCAUCAUGGGAAGCACCCCAGCUCCGUCUACCUACCCAAACCGUGCAUAUGUUCACACCACGCACUCCUACAACGAAAGCCUCCAGGCUCCUUCACCAGUGCGGUAUAACGCUCAUCCUAGACCCCCCGUUCCAAGAGAAACGCUGGCAAGAAAUGAUUCUGUUACUAGGAUACAAGUUCAGUUCCCUGUCACUUUCGAGAAAAGAGUACCUACUCAGAUGAUGGGUAACUCCGUCGCCAACAACACUUGCAAUACUUCAUUAAUUUCUUCAUCAUCUACAUCCCAUCAAGCGUCUUCGCCUGGUAACAACAACUCCAUGGAUGCGUCUGAGUGUUCAGUUUGUUAUGAAAGGCACAUCGACUCUGUACUGUACAGUUGCGGUCACAUGUGCAUGUGCUACACUUGUGCCAUUCAGCAGUGGAAGGGUAGAGGUGGCGGAGUUUGUCCGAUUUGUAGAGCUGUAAUUAAGGAUGUUAUAAGGACCUAUCGAGCGUAGUGUUCGUAGUUGGUAGCCAAUCUUAAAUUUCCUGCGACUAGAGCUUGUAAAGUGUCUAUUUUCUUAAAUUGAAGAAGCUAUAAUGAGCUCUUAGAGUUAUUUCCAAGCAUCAACAAGUUCAUAUCAAAACUGAAGGGUUUCAAGAACCCGAGAGCUUUAUUUUCUUGUGUUGCGUAACUUCUUUCAGUGAAAAUGUUAUCCAAACUUGAAGAACCAGGGUUUAUGUCAUUUCACUUUACAUAGAUGUUCUUGUGCUACAAGGUUUAUUAAUGGUACUUUUUUUAUUAUUUGGUGAUCUUCAUACUGUUUGCCUAGUGAUAAUUCUUCUCCUAGAGGUAGACCUAAGAUUAUUCUUGUUCUAGGUAUUCUGAUGAUUAUUUUCCCUGGUUGUUUACGAGAACAGACGUGUUCUAAGCUAGUCAAUAUGUUGGUGUUAACAUGGUAAUUUUAGUUUUUCCGUUGUAUUUUUUACUUUUUUUUCACCUCGACCUCAAACUCGUUGGAUUAUCUUGCGAGUUUUCUUUUUUCUCGUCAAUUAGUUUAGGGUCGUGACCAAAUAACUGCAGGGUACCUAUCUUGGUAAAUGAGGGAGUACCGAGCAGCAGUCUUGUCCAUGCUUUGGUAAAUUCCCAAUUUUCGUCUAGGUUCACGCCGUAUUUAAGGUAUUAUUUUGAAUAAAAAUACGAUGCAGUUCUUGUUGAUGUGGACCUAGUCAACAAAAUGUGAAAUCACUAUCAUUCGAAACAAUAAUUGCUCAACAAAGGUAAUUAUGAUAAUUAAAAAUUUAGGGUUAUUAAUUUGAAUUGUAAAAAUUGCUUGAUUCGUUUUUUUUUCACUGUAAUUGUCUUCGCAGUCUGUCUCUUGAUACCAGCUUUCUCCUAUCGACGUAGAUCUCAAAGUACUUAGAUACUGACUCUGUUUACAAUUUAAUUGUUGACUACUCAAUACUUAGCUUAUUUAUACUGAAGAAAAAAAGUUCCAGCG